UUGGUAAGUUAAAGGUGUGCGCGCGUGAGAUUCGUUCUGCUUCAACGAUACCUUUAACAGACACCACAACUCAAUCGGAGUGCGGGUUAAAUGCGUUGAAACGGAUGUGUUUGUGUCGCGAAUGAAUGAAUAUGAAAAAAUGUGACUUGGCUUUGGAUCGAUUCCUACGCAAAUUACAACAGCAAACAUUUCACUUUAUAAAAAUCAAAAUGAUUUGACAUUAAUAAACAAAAACAAAAUUAAAAUAUAGCUGAUAAUCUAAAUUGCGAGCGGUGAACAAUGUGAAGAGGCAAAGCAAAAAACAAAAACAAUUCCCCACAGCCUAACAAAUGAAGUAAUGACAAUAAUAGAAAAAAAAAAUUAAAUAACAACAACAACAAUCCAAAUGUUUGCACGCAUAAUCACAGCUCGACGUUGACAAACAGCCAGCCGUUAAAGUAGCAACAACAACAAAGUAAAAUAACGAAGAAUUAUAAUAAAUGAUUCACUCGAGAAUUCGAAAAGAAUUCAAAUUAGAAAAUAAAGCAUUAGACGCAUUAGGCAAAUCAGCUAAUCAGUCAAUCAAUGAAUGGAAGGACUGAAUAAAAAUGCGAAAGUCAAAGUUAAAAUUACACAUGCAAAUCUUUCCAUUUUAUCUAUAGGUUUUAUAAACCUUUCUGCGGCAAUUUUAAAUAAAAAAAAAUACUUACAAAAACGAAACAGGCGACAUAAUCCCUAAUAAGUCGGAUUAAAUCGUCGGCCUAUGCCACAAAAGAAUUGAAUAAAAUAGUAACAGAAAAUAAUAGAAAAUCUUCUUACAAGAUUUCUUAAAAUAGAAGAAAAUUGUGCCAAAAUUAAUCAAUAAAAAAUUCUCCGCCAAUUGUGUAGUUGUGUACCCUGCAAGUGAAAACCGCCAAGUGCUUGAGCACUUAAAAACCCUGUGAAACGCAUGCGUAACCGUACUGGGUUGUUAUGUAUCCAGCCGCCGUGAAGGUUAGUUCCAAACAACAACAAAAAACGGAAAGACAAGAAAACACCACCUUAACAGAAGCUUGAAAAAAAGGGAAGAUUUCCAAAAUAUUUUUAAAAAAGUUUGUGAGUGCACAAAACGAGCGAGUUUGCAAAACAACCACAAAGUACUAUAAAAUCUUCGAAGGGCUUACAAACGCAGACUCCAAUUAAGGACUACCUAUAAAACCUUCUUGGUUCCAGGAUGCCUGUCUCCAAUGCUGCCUUAUUCUCAGUAAUAAUUUCCGCAAGUGGAUUUCCUAAACUGACGGAGGUGAGGAGCUAUUCGCUUAUCCAGCAUGCAUCUGCAGCGCCUGUCUAGCUAAUAGGAGUACGCAUCUUGUGCAACAACAACAGCAGUUAUUUGGAUUGAAAGAAAAAGACAAAGCCUUCAUAUCGGGCAUAUCCGGUUUGUGUCUCAUUUACAAAACAUAAAAAAGCCUACAGUACCGCCAUGUCGAAACGAAUCACAUUUUCGUCAGUCGCACUGUGGUUGUGGCAGCUCCAUCUGAUGCUUCUCCUACUGCUCUGCCCGCAACUCGCGCUUUCAUCGGCAUCACAACCCCCCUCGCUGGGUGCGCACAUCGUGCGCUCCCCCGAAUCAGCAGUAGCGCCCAAAGGCGAUGAAGUGGUCUUUGAGUGUGAAUUAAAUUUGGCGCCGGAGCGUUUGGAAUGGCGUUUUCGUCACUCGAGCGCUCGCACUACCGACGCCAUGAACUACAAUUAUCUGCAUGCUGAGGAAGGUCACAACAUCAUCAACGACGAUCUCACUUCGCGUCUGCGCGUUUUUGUCUCGCCCGAGACUUUGGGCGACUAUCAGUGUGUUGCCUGGUUUGGUUCCGCUGCAAUCGCUUCGACGCCCGCGCGCCUGACACUCGUUUCCCUCAGCAUCGACAAUUCGAACGGCUACAGUCGCAAUGCAAUACGUUGGAGCGUUGCGCCAAAGAAUUGUGUAAUAUUACGUUGCGGCACGGUCAGUUCGAACCCACCCGCUGUGUGGAGCUUCUUCCGCAACGGCGAGAAAGUGCCGCAGACCGAAGUGCUGCCUUCUGCGAAUGGCGCGCUCAUACUGCUGUCGGUGUCCUCGAAGGAUUCCGGUAACUAUACCUGCUCGGCGAUGAAUGCCAUCACUGGUGUUGAAGUAAGGCUGCCGCCACACAUUGAUUUGCGUGUCGACUACACCGAUCGCACGCCGCCCUACUUUCUCAUCCAACCGCCGGCGCAGGUAACCGCGCGUCCAGGCGAAACAGCACUGUUAGAAUGCCCAGGUGUGGGCUCACCACCGCCAGAGGCUGUCUGGAGUAGUCCGAAUGUAAUUAACAUCUACAAUAAUCGCACAAAGGUGCUGCCAUACGGCCUCCAGAUCUCCGAUGUUCUGCCCGAGGAUCAGGGUUCCUAUGUGUGCCGCCUAGAUAAUGGUAUUGCGCCUGCGCUGGUGCAAAUUAUAAAAUUUAUUGUUUUGGAAGUGCCACAAAUCCUGAGCGGUCCAGCCACAACGCUCACAAACGAAGGCGAACAGCUCGAGUUGGAAUGUUCGGCGGCGGGCAAUCCCUUCCCACAGAUCUAUUGGCUGAUCAAUGGUGAAGACACUUCGCUGGACAACGAGACGUUCCACGAAGACCGUCGAUUGGUUAUACGACACGUGCAGAAGCGGCACGCGGGCAUUGUACAGUGCUUUGCGAAAAAUGAAGUGGGCGAGGCAAGCGAAGGCAGCUUGCUGCAAGUCAACCCAAAACAGAUACAAGGCGAGGGCUCAGCUCCUUUGGGAAACGUGCCAAUUCGCACGCCUUACGAGCAUACCGGCAGCAAGAACAAAGGCAAACGGAAGCACAUGAAAAUGCCCAACAUGAUUCCGCCUUCGCGUCCGAAUGUGACCCGCUUGGCUGACGACUCGGUCAUGCUGCGCUGGUAUCUGCCUAAGAACGAGGGUCUGUCCAUACAGUUCUUCAAAGUGCAGUACCGCAUGCUCGGGGACUCGAGCCGCAAGAUACCGCGCGAAAACUGGCAGACCACCAACGAAGACAUCCCCUACGGUAAGCGCGAUCGCAACUUUGAAGGCGUGAAGAACUUUACGUCAUCGGUGACAGGUUUGAAACCGGAUCGUUUCUAUCGGUUUCGCAUCAUUGCGGUCUACUCGAACAAUGACAACAAAGAGGGUAACACCUCAGCGAAAUUCUUUUUGCAAAGUGGUGAGGCUUUGGGCCCCACAAAGGCUACACUACCCGCACCAGAGCUGGCGCGCGUGGAGCCGCUCUCUGAAACUGCGGUAAUACUAUACUGGACGCUGCCGGCAAAUCCCGUUAAUGUGCCGGAUGGCUUCUACGCCUACUAUCGACUCGCCUCUUCCGCGGGCGAAUACCUGAAAGCGACAGUGGAUGGCCAACAUUCACGUAAAUUUAAGAUCGACAUGCUGGAACCGGGCACCGCAUACGAGUUUAAGCUACAGUCCUUCAAUGCGUUAGCUGCGUCCGAGUUCAGCGCCAUACUGCAGGGCAAAACGAAGAAACCAGUCCAAACAGACGUCGCCGUGACACCAGCGGCUAUUCCACCACCGAAAGCCAAGGAAUCGAACAUAGCCACGUAUCCAAUAGUGGCGGGCGUUGCCGGGUUCGGCAUUCUACUCAUAGUGGCCAUCAUAGCGGCAUUUUUAUGCAUUAAACGCCGAAAGCCCGUGCAGUCAGAAGAUGAAAACAAACCGCAACUUGAUCACAUACAGGCUGACUUCGUGACGCCCUCAGUGUUGGGCGUGGCGACGCAUCACAAAUCGGGGCACCGCCUAAAUGGCGUCAUUCCGCGCAUGAACAUCACACCCAAUCCGCUGGCUCAAGAAGCCGACAAGAAUCGCAAUGUGAUGGAGCUACGCUUCCUGCCCAACUGCAGCAAUUCCGGCAGCUCCAACAGUUCGGCCAGUGCCAGCAAUUCGGCCACAGCUCACCCGUAUACGAGCAGCAGUCAUAGUCUACAUCAGGAGCAGUCCGCUACCGCCUCUGCCGCUGCCACCUUGCAUGCCGAUGACGCUGAGCCGCACACACCACCACCACGUUCUUCCUCUUCCUGUGAGACGCUGGAAGCGAGUGAAGGAAUUUUCAAUGCAACCGAUCCGAAUUCACCACUCUCCAAGCCUUUGCCGCCGUUGCCCAACCACAAACUGUACGCGCAACAACAGCACCACCACCACCAGCAUCCGCCUCAGCAGUCGCAUACAACCCCACCAAAAAUGACCAAUAACAAUGCACAAGUAAGCGCCGCUCUAACAACAACAGCAGCAACAGCGCCAAGCGCAGUAACGACAAAUACAAAUUACGCUACUGCGCAUUACAACAACAACACGAAUGCAAUGCAUUUGCAUACGAAAUCGAAUUCGUCUCAUUCAUCCGCCUCAUCAUUUCAUUCUUUACAUAAUUCACAGGCACAUCUCGGCUCGCAUCAAGGUCUACACCACGCGCAGCCAUACCAUCCACCGCCACCCGGCACACCAACACUAAUGCACAAACGCGCCGAUUAUAUGCCACAUCAUCAUCACGUCGGCGCUGUGGGCCAACAUCCGCCACCGGUGCCGCCACAUCAGAAUAACAAUCACAGCGGCCACCACAACGCACAUCAUCUCUACCAGCAACAACAAUAUCACGCACAUUCGCAAUCGCCACAGACGCCAUCACUUGAGCAAGAGCGUCGCACGCUGGAGCGCAGCGCGCGCAAUCUGCACUACACAGCGACCGCGAUGCCGGCGAAUGUGACGCAGCCGCACGAUGGCGCCAUGAACAUCGACGGUUUGCCGACGCGCAUACCAUCGCUGCGCCGUACGCGACGCGCCUCCGGCAGUGCUAACAACAAUAAUGGCGGUGUGGGCAUACCAAUCGUGUCGGGCAGCCCGCGAGUGCAGCGUUCACCGAUGCCGGCGCGCGCCAUGAUGAAACGCGGCCGGUUGGGCAGCCACAACGACAACAUGUCCUCUGGCAGCUUGAACAGUAUUGAGGUGUGAACGGUAAGCGUGGGAUAGCCGAUGGGCUAACGGAGGGGAGGGAGGGGAGAAGGAGAGGGAUGAGAAUGAUGUGUUAAGGGGUAGAGGGUGACAAGAGUUUAGGAUAAGUAGUAUUAAGAGCUGAGGUAGCCUAAAAGUAGGCAACAUAGAGGCGAGACAUAGUUUUAGGAAGUACAAAAAUGCUUCAGUAGGUGUUUUUAGAAGUUUCUCGAAUAAGAGAACUUAGGUUAAGGAAACUCAAUUGAUGAGCUGACUGUGAAAAGUUUUUGAAAGAAAAUCCUGGACAUGCGGAAGGACAGACAAAGGAAAGCAAGCGGUUUUCAUAGAAAAUAAUUUGUGGCAAAGCUGUUCAUAUUCGCUGAGCUCUACAAAAUCCUGAAGAGGACUGUAAAAAAUUGGUAUUUAAUACUUUUGGAAUUAUUAGCGAAAAAUGGAAAUUUGCUGAAAACAGGAUUUCGAAAAGUCGAAAAAUUUUGUAUUGAAAUCGCGUUUGAGCGGAAUUGUAAAUAUAUGAAAUUAAGUAUUUUUAGUAUUUUACUAAACUAUAGAAAAAAUGUAAUAUUAAUCAAUAGCUUUAGAAAGUAAAUAAUGUUUCGAAUAUGUAACUCGAAUGUUAAAAACUAAAAACGUAGAUUUAAUGAAUAUUAUUGCAUACUUUCAGGCAGGGUGCUGUUUUUAGUGCCUUGUUUUGUAAAAUGUGAACGGCAACGCUGUUUCCAAAUCCAUAAAGACUUAACUGAAUUAAAUUACGUAAUGACAAUCUUAGUUGUAGUUCUCAACCCAAAAUGACAAUCAACUUACCAGCUAGCAAAGUAUGUGCAUAUGUAGGUAUGCGAGUAAUUCAACCACUUAGUUUUUCGUUAAAUCCGUCCUAGAGCAGGAAUAAUCAAAACACAAAAAAAAUUAAAUUGUUGGUACAUACUAAAGACUAGUGGGCGGGCGAUAAACGCUUUCGAAAUACUGAGCCAAUCUAAAAAUUUAGCAAGAGUCGCCUUUAAAAAGGCUUCACAAGCAACUGAAUUUGAAAUGGUCGGCUACCCUCUUAAAUAAAAUUGUUUUUUUAACUCUUAGUUACAGUACAAGUGCCUAGUUUUUGUAUUUUUUAAUGCUAAAUAUUUUAUAUAUUUUUCUAAUUAAUUAAAAUAUAAUUUUUGUGCUUCCUACAGUUUUUGACUGCACUGUUUACUAUUAUGUUUCAGAGCUUAAGUUUUUAAAAAGUAUUUAAUUUAUUAAAAAAUAAUCUUAAUUUGAUUAAUAUUUUGUUUAAUAUUUUCGAAUCGAGCUGAAAAGAUUUAAAUUUGUUUCUUCCUGUGGCGACUAAUACUCCGCCAGUCAAAAUAAGUUUUAAAAUAUUUUUGUGUUUUUAAAAGAAAUUUACUUUUAUGUAUACAUUUUUUAAUAACAAAUUAAUAUUCUGUAAUAUUUACUUUCGGCAAAAUGUACGUUAUUUUUUUAUUAUUUAUAAUAAUGCAUAGCUAAUAACA